AUGAGUUUUGGAAACAGAUUUGUCCUCGUUUCACUCUUUCUUGGAUUUUCCCUCACUCGCCUCAGCUACAGCAACCAAGUUGUGCUGCUGGAUACAACAUCUGUGCUGGGAGAGCUUGGAUGGAAGACGUAUCCUAUAAACGGGUGGGACGCCAUCACGGAGAUGGACGAGCAGAACCGGCCCAUCCAUACUUUCCAGGUUUGCAAUGUGAUGGAGCCCAACCAGAACAACUGGCUUCGCUCCAACUGGAUCUCUCGGCAGGCUGCCCAAAAGAUCUACGUGGAGCUUCGCUUCACGCUGCGUGACUGCAACUCCAUCCCUUGGGUGUCUGGUACCUGCAAGGAGACUUUCAAUCUUUUCUACCAUGAAACUGACGAGGCUCACAGUGUCAAAUUCAAGCCCCCGCAGUACACCAAGAUAGACACCAUCGCUGCUGAUGAAAGCUUCACUCAGAUGGAUCUCGGCGAUCGCAUCCUUAAGCUCAACACAGAGGUGCGUGAGGUGGGGCCCAUGACCAGAAAGGGCUUCUAUCUGGCGUUUCAGGACAUCGGUGCCUGCAUUGCCUUGGUUUCAGUUCGGAUUUACUAUAAGAAAUGUCCGUUCACGCUGAGGAACCUGGCCUCAUUUCCAGACACAGUGCCUCGUGUGGACUCUUCUUCAUUGGUUGAGGUGAGGGGGGCUUGUGUUGACCACGCCGAAGAAAGAGACACACCCAAACUGUUCUGUGGAGCUGAUGGAGACUGGUUGGUCCCCUUGGGAAGAUGUGUCUGCAGCCUUGCGUAUGAGGAGAUCGAUGGCUCAUGUGCUGCAUGCCGCCCAGGCUUCUACAAAGCAUUUGCUGGAAACACCAAGUGUUCAAAGUGCCCUCCGCACAGCAUCAGCUACGGAGAAGGGGCUGCUAUCUGCCGCUGUGAGACAGGCUUCUUCAGGGCUGAGAGAGAUCCUCCAACAAUGGCUUGUACACGCCCUCCGUCUCCACCGCGCAACUUGAUGUUUAACCUGAAUGACACCUGCCUGAUGCUGGAGUGGUCACCUCCCGGCGACAACGGGGGCCGCCGGGAUCUCACUUACAACGUCCAGUGCAAACGCUGUGGCCCCGAGCCCGACCAGUGCCAUUUCUGUGAGGAGGAGCUCCGUUUCCUACCACGACCUUCAGGCCUGACCAACGGCACUGUGACUGUCAUGGACUUCUCAGCGCACGCCAACUACACCUUUGAGAUCGAGUCCCUCAAUGGUGUUUCAGACAUGAGCUCUUUCCCCCGACAGGUAGCCAUCGUCACCGUCAGCACUGAUCAGGCUGGUCCGUCUCUGGUUGGGACUCUGAAGAAGGACUGGGCUUCUCCAAACAGCAUUGCUCUCUCCUGGCAGCAACCUGAACAAACAACACUGCUCAUCCUCGACUACGAGAUCAAAUAUUAUGAGAAGGAACACGAGCAGUUGAGCUACUCGUCGACGCGCACCAAGGCUCCCAGUGUGAUCAUCUCAGGUUUAAUACCAGCCACUUGGUACGUCUUCUGUGUACGGACCCGUACACCAGCUGGAUACAGUUCCUACACCCCUAAAUAUGAAUACAAAACAACAGGAGACUCAUCAGACAUUGCCUCUGACCAGGGCCAGGUGUUGGUCAUUGUCACAGCAGCAGUGGGUGGCUUCACUCUCCUCGUCAUCCUCACCCUCUUCCUCCUGAUCACUGGAAGGUGUCAGUGGUACUUUAAGGCCAAGAUGUCUCCAGAGGAGAAAAGGAGGACCGAUUAUCAGAAUGGACAUGCCCCUUUCCCUGGAAUAAAGACCUAUGUGGACCCUGAUACGUAUGAAGACCCGACGCAAGCUGUCCACGAGUUCACCAAGGAGAUUGACCCCUCCAGGAUCCGCAUCGAGAGGGUGAUCGGAGCAGGUGAGUUUGGCGAGGUGUGCAGCGGCCGCCUGAGAACGCCGGGGAAGAAGGAGAUCGCCGUGGCAAUAAAGACACUGAAGGGCGGCUAUGUAGAGCGUCAGAGGCGGGACUUCCUGCGCGAGGCAUCAAUCAUGGGCCAGUUUGACCACCCCAACAUCAUCAGGCUCGAGGGCGUCGUCACCAAAAGCAGGCCUGUGAUGAUAGUAGUGGAGUACAUGGAGAACGGAUCACUGGACUCGUUUCUGAGGCAACAUGACGGUCACUUCACCGUCAUCCAGCUGGUCGGCAUGCUGCGUGGCAUCGCCUCGGGCAUGAAGUAUCUGUCGGACAUGGGCUACGUUCACCGAGACCUGGCAGCUCGGAACAUCCUGGUCAACAGCAACCUGGUGUGUAAAGUGUCCGACUUCGGCCUGUCCCGAGUCCUGGAGGACGACCCGGAGGCGGCUUACACCACAACGGGUGGUAAGAUCCCCAUCCGAUGGACUGCUCCUGAGGCCAUCUCAUACAGGAAGUUCUCCUCGGCCAGCGACGCCUGGAGUUAUGGCAUCGUCAUGUGGGAAGUGAUGUCAUAUGGGGAGAGGCCUUACUGGGAAAUGUCCAAUCAGGAUGUGAUUCUCUCAAUUGAGGAGGGCUACCGGCUGCCUGCACCAAUGGGCUGCCCCGUGGCCCUGCACCAGCUGAUGCUGCACUGCUGGCAGAAGGAGAGGAGUCAUCGGCCCAAAUUCACCGAUGUUGUUUCCUUCUUGGAUAAACUGAUCCGUAACCCCAGCAGCCUGCUGCCACUGGUAGAGGACAUUCAGAGUCUUGCAGAAUCUCCAGGGGAGGAUAUGGACUACCCGAUGUUCAUCUCCAUCGGUGACUGGCUGGACGCCAUUAAGAUGAGUCAGUACAAGAGCAAUUUUAUGGCAGCUGGCUACAACACAUUGGAUUCUGUUGCGAGGAUGAGUAUUGAAGAUGUCAGGCGUAUAGGGGUGGAGUUGAUCGGCCACCAGAGGCGGAUCUCCAGCAGCGUACAGACCCUCGGCCUUCAGCUGCUGCACGAACAGGAGAAGGGUUUCCAUGUAUGA